AUGCGAUCGACUCCGCGCAGUUCGAAUGGAGUCACAAAUCCCGGGUACAGCCGUGAUGGCAACGAAACACCCGAAAGGACUGGUGGGCGACGGUCGAGGUCGAAAAUAUCGCAGGUCAUUGUUGCCCGUCCACACUACCAGCAGGAGGAUCUGAACAAUGCUUUUAACUACUUCAAGCCCAAGUCGAACUUUUACCAAGAAGCGAUGGAAAGCAUGCGUGAGAUGGACACGAAAACGUGCCUCACUGGACUGUUUCCAAUUUUCCAAUGGCUGCCCGAAUACUCGUUUCCCAGCGACUUAAUUGGGGAUCUGAUCAGUGGCCUAACGGUCGGUGUGAUGCAUAUACCGCAAGGGAUGGGAUAUGCGCUUAUCGCCAACAUGCCUCCAAUUACCGGCAUCUAUACGGCCUUCUUUCCCGUCUUCAUUUACUUCCUGCUAGGAACAUCGAGACACAAUUCCAUGGGUACAUUGGCUGUGGUGUCCAUCAUGACCGGUAAGGUGGUUUACAAUCAUUCUGGCGAGGGUUCUAGCUACACCAAUCUAGAGGUCGGAACGGCGUUGUGUUUCUUAGUUGGCAUAAUACAGCUUGUAAUGUGUCUUCUCAGGAUGGGUGCUGCUUCCUUUCUACUGUCCGAAGCGUUGGUGUCGGGCUUCACUACUGGGGCCGCGGUUUACGUGUUCACUUCGCAAAUGAAGGACAUUUUAGGUGUUACACUACCACCGCUGGGUAGUAGGUUCGAAAUUGUCCAUACCUAUUACGAGCUGGGGAAAAGAAUACCUGAUACGAAUCUGUUGAACUUGGGUAUUGCCAUCAUUGCGAUCAUUAUACUGCUGAUCAACAAUGAAAUAAUUAAGCCUCGUCUAGCCAAAGUGUGCAUAAUCCCGAUUCCGAUCCAACUGAUUCUCGUCGUCAGUGGCACGCUGCUAUCCAUUCAGUUUAAUCUACAGGACAACUAUGGUUUGAAGGUAGUUGGAUCCAUUCCCCAAGGGUUGCCCGCACCGACCGUUCCAAACUUUAACAUAAUACCAGAAAUCUUCAUAGAAAGCAUCUCGGUGGCCAUCGUGGGCUACACCGUAUCGGUAUCAUUGGGGAUUAUCUUUGCUAAGAAAGAAAACUACGAAAUCGGCUUCAACCAGGAACUGUUGGCACUUGGUGCGGGCAAUGUGUUUGGAUCGUUCUUCUCGUGCUAUCCGUACGCCGCGUCACUAUCCCGUGCCGCCAUCCAGUAUUUGGCCGGUGGCAAGACACAAAUUACUGGGCUAGUUUCGUGCAGUUUGCUAGCGGUCGUGUUGCUGUUUGUGGCGUCAUUUUUCCAACCCCUGCCCCGGUGCAUUCUCGCCAGUAUUAUUGCCGUUUCGGUUCAGGGAUUGUUGAUGCAGGCAAAGGAUCUGCCCAAGUUCUGGCGCCAGGGUUUCUUCGAUGGCGUUACCUGGGUGCUUACCUUCGUAUCGGUGGUGUUCGUAUCGAUUGACGUUGGUUUGCUGGUUGGAUUUACGCUAAGCGUUUCGAGCAUCUUUUUCCGUGCUCUCAAACCAUACAUGUGCCAGAUGGGCAAUGUCCCGAACUCGGAUGUAUACUUGGACAUAACGCGCUACGAAGGACUAAUCGAGCAUCGAGGCAUCAAGAUCAUACAUUACAGUGGAGGACUACACUUUGCUUCACGGGCCGUGUUCAAAAGCAACAUCUGCCAGUUCCUUAACAUUAACAUAACGGAGGAAACGAAACGGCGCAAGGCUCCGGAUUUUGUCGAAGCGGACGAUGCCAUCAAAUACCUGAUUCUGGACUUUACCGCACUCAGCUACAUCGAUCCGUCUGCUAUCUCGACGUUCAAAACGUUCGUCAGAGAUUUGGAGGUGAUCGAUGUGCAAACGCUGCUUGCCGGCUGCUCACCGUUGGUGUUCGAAAAGAUGAAGAAAUGCAAUUUUAUCGGUGGCGAGGAGAACUAUGUACGCACGUACCCGACCAUACACGAUGCCGUCCACUACGCCCAAAAGCAGCUGAGAUUGCGCGCUGGGGUUACGCAAACGAUACAAGAAGUACGGUUGUAA